UCCGUAGAGAGGAGUCCUGUAUUAACUUGCUUGGAAUUGGUGAAUCUAAUUCUCAAGUAAAGGAUAAAAUACACACAGUGGUGAAGUCGCGAAUAAAUGGUAGUGAGUAGUGGAGCAGAAUCGUUCUUUGAAUUAUUAGCUGUUGGUCAAAUUAAACAAGGUCCUGACUUUCCAACUCUUCAGAAAACCCUUCUUGGUUGGGUUGUGUCGGGAAAAUAUGUUUCCAGGAGUUCUGCUCCUCAAAUUACAAACAGUUUGAGUUGCAGUGAAGAGUUGCUAGUAUCCAUCGAUAGGACCUUGAAAAAGUUUUGGUCACUGGAAGAAAUGCCAUCUACCAAGAAAAUUGCCACACUUGAGCACAAGCUAUGUGAAGAACACUAUCGUAAGACGACUCAGGUACUAUCAUCAGGUCGGUUCGAAGUAAGGCUCCCGUUUAAAUCAGAUCCAAAUUGUUUAGGCAACUCCUUUGAGGUUGCGAAACGGCGGUUUUUGUCGCUUGAAAGACGAUUGCAUCGUGACCCUGAGUUGAAGAAAAUGUACUUGGAAUUCAUGGAAGAGUACCUCUCCUUAGGUCAUAUGUCUCCUACUGACAAUACGAUUCUUUCUACUCCACACUACGUAAUCCCUCAUCAGUGUGUUCUGAGGCCCCAAAGUACGUCUACCAAGCUCCGAGUCGUGUUCGAUGCUUCGUCCAAGACGUCCUCACAGGUGGCCUUAAAUGACAUUCUGAUGGUGGGACCUACCAUUCAAGAGGAAUUAUACUCGACACUGCUCCGUUUCCGUCUGCACAGGUUUGCCCUGACUGCUGAUGUUAAAAAGAUGUAUCGCCAAGACCCUUCUGAAUCCUUGAGAUUAUACAAGCUCAACACUGUAACCUAUGGGACUGGACCAGCCCCAUUCUUAGCUAUCCGGUGUUUGAAAAGGUUGAGUGAGUCUGCGAAGCUCUCAUUCCCUAGAGCUGCUAACGUUAUUGGGUCCGACUUUUACGUCGAUGACUUGUUGACUGGUGCUGCAUGCGUAGAGGAGCUACGGGCAAUUAAGUCCGAAGUGUCUCAGGUUCUUCAGACCGCAGGGUUUGAGUUGACUAAGUGGUUUUCAAACUCACCCGAGAUCACCGCAUCUGAGAGCACAGCCAAACCCAUAACAAUCUCGGAUUCAGAGUCGACAAAGGCGUUAGGAAUCUCAUGGUUACCUACUGACGAUGCCUUUAAGUUCAAAAUUGACAAUUCAGUUAUGGGUCUCCGAGCGACAAAACGGAACAUACUAUCGGUGACAUCAAAGUUGUUUGACCCCCUUGGUUUAUUAAGUCCUAUCGUUAUAAAAGGCAAGAUCCUAUUGCAGGAGCUUUGGCUUAACAAACUAGAUUGGGAUGAGUCGAUCCCGCUGCAUUUGGAAACAGCGUGGAAUAAGUUGAAAAAUACACUAUCUCAAUUGGAAGACAUAUCCAUAUCUCGGUUUGUGUAUUCCGAUCCGAUGUCACCGGUUCAAAUACAUACCUUUGCUGACGCCUCCAUGAGAGCGAAUGGAGCGUGCGUCUAUAUACGUAGCAGAACUGCAGAAGGUUUAAAAAUAUCAUUGUUGACUUCGAAAUCCAAAGUAGCGCCGCUCAAGACCAAAACGCUCCCAAGGCUUGAGUUAUGUGCCGCUCACCUUCUCGCAGAUCUCUGUCACAGAAUCAAGCCCCUAUUAAACAUGCCCAUUGAACGAGUCGUUUAUUGGUCGGAUUCAGAGGUAGCUCUCCAUUGGAUCCGGUCUCAUCCAUUGUCGUUGUCGACUUUCGUUUCAAAUAGAGUGGCUGAGAUUCAAGAGUGGUCAGAUGAUGCCACGUGGCGGCAUGUACCCACGAAACAGAACCCAGCAGAUAUUGUCUCAAGAGGUUGUGAGGUCGACGAAAUCGUUCAGUCAAUUUGGUUCGAAGGACCAUCAUUUCUGAAAGAGGAAGGAGAAUACUGGCCCAAGAACGCUCAUUUCGAACACUCCGAUGAUCUUCAGCUGGAAAAGAGGAAGACUGCGGUCGGGUUGACCGCGGCUGUGCGAAGUUCGGAGCUGUUAGAUGUCAUCGAGGGAUUCUCGUCACACCUCAAACUGCUUAGAGUGGUCGUGUAUGUGUUCCGCUUUACAAGAAAAGCCUAAAUUUCGAAAAAACUAUC